ACAGGAUGAGAAGAAACGUGGAUGGCAAUAUGGUGCUAUUUUGAGAAACAUAAAAAUUCAUCACAGCUGGAGAGUUUCCCUACACUUGUCAUGACCGAAGAAGAAAAAGAAAACCUUUAGCUGUCAGAGAUAUGGAGGGGCAUGACGAGGAAAGACUGUGUGGGAAAUGGAGGGUUGAUUGUCGUCUUUACAAUUACAACUUGCGGGACGUCUUCACAUGGCAGCUGCUGAAGACCAUUAUCAUGGGGCAGGUCUUGUCUCUUUUGAUCUGUGGGACGGCGGUGAGCUGUCAGUACCUGGCCGAUGCCGGGGUGGAGACGCCCAUGCUGCAGAGCUUCCUCAACUACGCCCUGCUGCUGCUCGUCUACACGACCAUCCUCUGCACCCGCAAAGGUGACAGAAACAUCCUGCAAAUUUUAAAAACCAAGUGGUGGAAAUAUUUGGUUAUGGGUCUGGCAGACGUGGAGGCAAACUACACAGUUGUGAAGGCAUACCAGUUUACCACCCUGACGAGUAUACAGCUGCUGGACUGCUUUGUAAUCCCAGUGCUGAUGGUACUUUCCUGGUUCUUCCUGAAGACUCGCUACAAGCUGGUCCACUUUGUAGCCGUGGCGGUGUGUUUGUUGGGGGUCGGGGCCAUGGUGGGAGCCGACAUCCUGGCUGGAAGAGACCAGGGAUCCACCACCGAUGUGGUGCUGGGAGAUUGUUUGGUCCUGCUCAGUGCCGUCCUCUAUGCUGUAUCCAACGUGUGCCAAGAGUACACAGUUAAAAACUUGAGCCGGAUUGAAUUCUUGGGCAUGAUGGGUCUCUUUGGGACCCUCAUCAGUGGCAUACAGCUAGCUGCAUUAGAAACUCGAGCAGUAGCAUCAAUAAAAUGGGACUUUCACAUAUGCAUGCUAUUUGUAGUCUAUGCUCUAUGUAUGUACGCACUGUACAGCUUCAUGCCUGUGGUGGUAAAGGUGACCAGUGCUACUGCGGUCAACCUCUCUCUGCUCACUGCCGACCUCUUCAGCCUCUUCUGUGGCAUCUUCCUCUUCCAUUACACAUUCUCAACCCUGUACAUCAUGUCGUUUGUCGUCAUCACUGUUGGUUUUGUCAUGUUCAACGCCGUUCCCACGUACUCAGCUUUACCAGAGUCCAAUGAGGAAGACGCCUCUGACGGGUCAGCUGAGAGCGCCUCAGACCAUUUACUCUCUACAGGCAGAGACAGUCAGAGAACUGAGACAAUCACCGCUGUGGCUGCACUGUGACAGAAAGCUGACUGAAGACAGAAGGUAGCUGCAACACUUUUUUUCUCUUCCAUUACAGGUCACUUUGAAGAGGACUCCGUUUUAACUCGUACAUUGUCAUAAAAGUACACACUCUUUGUUCUUAGCCAGUAAGUUUACCCAUAUUUAGUAUUUGCAGUUUCAGUAUCAAAGACGAUGCAGUUUUAUGACAUCUCGUUGCAAUGCUUUUAGUACUGACUAUUUAUGUCAUUUUUAAAAACAUUUCUUUAUUAACAGUGCUUACACAUACUGUAUGUUGCUGCACGUGUACUGGAUGUCAAAGUGUUAAACACAAACAAUGCACUGCUAUUUAUUGUGCCAAAACUUCUGUGUUACAUGCUUUCUCCUUUUUUUAUAGUAAUAUAUCUGAUGUUUUGUCACUUUAUUGUUAUUGUUUUGAAUUUGAACAGAAGUCAAUCAAAAGAUGUAUUUUUAUGUUUGUCGCCUACGAUGCUGUUACAAUUUAUAUUUGGUAAUAUACCAAAUAUACUGUAAAUCGCAUGGCUUUCUUUGCCUUGUGUUAAGCAACAGUUUUACUUUUUUACUAUUAAAUUCAUUUUUAUAUUCUC